AACUGGAAACGAAAUCCAAUCGGAAAAACGAGAAUCGGACACAGUGAGGUCUGGGAGUGCACGUGGAAUGACGAUGGACAGAGAGAAGGAGAGAGAGAUUGAGCUGGAGAGUGCAAUGUACACGAAUUGCUUGUUGCUUGGCUUGGAUCCGAAUAUACUAGGAGUCGGCUCCAACAACGGCACCCCCCGAGUGGGGCUAUUCCGGCAUUCCAACCCGAAAUUGGGUGAACAGCUUUUGUACUUCAUCCUCUCCUCCCUGCGUGGCCCAAUUCAGUCCGCUAAGGACUUUGAUAAGGUGUGGCCGAUUUUUGAUUCGGCUCAGUCUAGGGAUUUUCGGAAGGUCGUGCAAGGGAUUAUAGGUGAGCUGGAAUCACAAGGAGCAUUGCCCAGGAGCAAUUCGAGGGUUUCAUCGCUCGCAACUUGCUGUGGGCCGAGGUUCGUUGAACUCUUAUGGCAACUCUCCCUGCAUGCUUUGAGGGAAGUUCAUAGGCGGACAUUUGCAGCUGAUGUAGCAUCAAAUCCACUGCCUGCUCCGUUAACUGAUGUAGCUUUUUCACACGCGGCUACACUACUUCCGGUAACUAAGGCUAGAAUAGCUCUUGAAAGAAGAAGGUUUCUGAAAAAUGCUGAGACUGCAGUUAAAAGGCAGGCAAUGUGGUCCGAUUUGGCUCAUGAAAUGACGGCAGAGUUUCGUGGUCUAUGUGCUGAAGAGGCAUAUCUACAGCAAGAGCUUGAAAAGCUACAUGAUUUGAGAAACAAAGUGAAAUUGGAAGGUGAACUCUGGGAUGAGCUGGUAUCUAGCUCAAGUCAGAAUUCUCAUAUGGUUCAAAGAGCUACUCGCCUGUGGGACUCUCUGUUAUCUCGCAAGAGUCAACAUGAGGUCCUUGCUUCAGGCCCAAUUGAGGAUCUUAUAGCUCAUCGUGAGCAUAGGUACCGCAUCUCUGGUUCAUCUUUGCUAGCAGCGAUGGAUCAAAAUUCUUUAGUUUCAUCUACUAAUUUGACUCCUAAGCACUUAGAUAAUGAGGAAACUGAGAGUUCACAAGCAGAUGUAAACAAAGAAAAUAAAGGUGAAUUGGAUCUUUCUCUCUCUCAUGGAAAUGAAGAUAAAUUUUCUCGAGUUGAUGAAAGAAACAUGAGAGGACAGCCUACUGUUGAUAUUGCUGAGGUCUUGCGACGUUGGACCCAUGCCUUGCAGCGCAUUCAUAAGCAAUCACUUCAACUGGCAAAAGCCAAUGACGGAAAGGGCCCAGAGCUCCUACGAAGUGUUCAUGAUGGUGGUAGCAGCAGUCAUGCUGAGUCUUUGGCCGCAACACUUGCUGAACAUAGGCAGCACUUGGACAGCAUACAGGUUCUCAUUAAUCAACUGAAGGACGUUGCUCCAACAAUACAAAACUCAAUUUCUGAGCUUACGGAGGAAGUCAAUAGCAUAUCAUCAAAUCUCCCUCCUGUUCUGAAGCUUAGAUCAAACUCACCCAUUCAGGCGCAGAGCAGUGGAAGGACAUUGGAAAGUGGUAGUGAUGAGGUUGUUGACAUGGCCUCUAGACUAUCAUCCAUUCACCUUGAGAAAGUAUCAGCUAGCCCUCCUACUUUAAAACUGCCGCCACUGUUUAGUUCAACACCAAGUUCUUCGGGGAAAGGUGGAAACAUGCAAAAGCGACAUGUUGCAGCAGAAACCAUUGUAGAAAAAAAGUUUGUAGAGCAGUCCCCGUCAAAAAUUCACUUGGAUAAUCCACCACAUGAUGAAGAUAUUCUUUUCCUACAAAACCUGAAGAGAUCUGUUAGAGAAGCUGCACUUUCAUCUCAAUCAUGCAACUCGGAAUCAACACAAGAUAGUCGUUCUAAUGAUAGCUUGGAACAUUUCUUUGUGCCGCUUUCUGGGACUGGAUUUUCACGUCAUGCCCAAGAAAAGAAACAAAAUUCCCCGAAGAGUAGACAAUUAUUCACAUCUCAGGCAUAUUCUUCUUUGCUUCAGACUCACGCAAAGGACGAGGAUCUUGGCAGCAAGUAUAGUGAAGUGGCAGACAUAUUGAAUGAUUUGGACUCCCUUGAUGAAUUUGAUGGUGUGAAUGGUUUCCUCUCUGCAGUUGGUUCAAAUUCCUCAGUUUUUGAUGCACAUAGAUCAUUCUAUGAUAUGGAUGAAGCCCAGGAUCAAGUUUUUUCACCUCCUUUAUUAAUGGAUACAGCACUCUUGGCAGAUACUUAUGAGGAUUUGCUUGCACCUUUGUCAGAGACUGAAACAGCUUUGAUGGAGCAUUGAUAUUGAACAUUGAGAGCUUGCUGCUGUAGCUUCAAGAGAUAAUGAUCUCUACUGGAAUGGCUUCGCUUUUAAUAUUCGAACUGCAGAUUCUUCCCUGAUGGGUACUUGUAUGAUUCUGUCUACUCAUGUUGCAUAUAUGUAGUUGAUCUUUUUUCAGCCUCAGAAGCAUUGCUGGAGGAUAACGGUUUAUGGAAACAUGUCUUGGAUACUGAGUUGUGCUUCUCGACAAGACAUAUUUGGAUCCAGAAGGAAAGACAUGAGGGUACUGAUAUUUUGCCUCGUAUCGAUCUAAAAUUGUUUGGUAGGACGGUUCAGCUUUUUACCAGUCACCUACUUGUUUUAAGUGUUGAUAUUCUCUACAUUGAUGCAUUAAUUGGUGGAUAAUCAAAAGCAACACUGGAUGGGUUUAUGGAGUGAGCAAUGAUAGAAGUUGAUUGCUUUUGAGAUUUGCUUCCAUUUUCUGACACUUAAUUUGAUUGUUUUGUUGUUUGCACUCCUGAAAUUGUGUCAUAUGUAUGUUCUGUUCCUUUUUUUCUUUAAAUGUUACAAAUUGCAUUGUAUUAUGCUUUAA